AUGUUUGAUCCUCUGAAGAAUUACAAUUUUGAUCGCAUGAACAAUCUUGUGCGAGAGAUUGGUUCCGAACAAGAAAGGAAGCAAGCCAAUACUACCAACUCAACAACAUCAUCAAUAGAGUUUAAUGAAGAAAAUACUGUGGAAGUUAAUUUAAAGUUUGAUGAGUUUAUGGAUAAUAUUGAAUUGGUGAAGCCUUUUCUUUAUAACAUUGAGAGAUUUAUAAUUUCAUAUAAUGAAUUGAGUGAAGAACAAGCCAGUGAAAAAGUUGACAUGUCUCCUCUUUCAAAGAAGUGUAAAAUAUUGGAUGCAAGUCAUAAUAAUUUCAAGAACAUGUCUCAUGCAUUUUGGAGUUUUUUAUUCAAUGCAUCCAUCACUUACUUUAAUUUAUCCAAUAAUUGCCUUGUAGAAUUUAUUUCUUCCAAAAUGGAUGCUACAUGGUUGCCUAAAUUGGAAUAUUUGAUAUUGGCCAAUAAUUCCAUCUGUUCACUCAUCAACUCAACAGAGACCUCAUUACUUUCUUCUCUUAUAAGGCUCGAUUUAUCAAACAACCUUGUUGAUAAUGAUUCUUUGAAUAAUAUUUUAUUUGGUGGAAAUCUUACAAACCUCAAACACCUCUAUGUGAAGAAUAACAAAGUCUCUGGUACUUUGAAAAAUGUGAACUCGGUCAAUCAAUCACUUGAAGAAAUUUAUUUGGAUGAAAAUCAAAUUGAGCAAGUAGAUAAUUCAUGGUUUUCCUCAUUACCAAAUCUCAAAGUCAUUUCUUUACCAUUCAACAAAAUUCAAGAUAUAGACAUCCAAACCAAUAACAAAAUUGAAAAGAUCUACCUUCAUUCCAAUCAAAUCAAGAGUAUUGACAGCAUUAAGGCUGUUUUCUCUGAUUCCUUAAAAGUUUUUUCAGCCCAUCAAAAUCAAAUAUCAACCAUUCCUGAAGAAAUUUCAAACUCUAUUUCUCUCAGAGAAGUUACGUUUUUCAACAAUACUAUUCAACAAUUACCAAAAGGAUUGUACAACUUGAUCAAUAUUGAUACGCUAUAUCUUCAAAAUAAUGAAAUUGCUGAACUUUUACCAGAAUUAGGAAAUUUAACAAACUUGACAGAAUUGGAUUUAUUCAAUAACAAGCUCUCCUCGCUUCCUUCAACAAUUGGUAAUCUUACCAAAUUGAAGAGAUUAUGCCUUGAUAGUAACAGAUUGAAAACUAUUCCUGCAGAUGUUGUCAAUCUUUCCAAUUUAAUUUCCUUCACUUUCCACAAUAACCCUGAACUAAAAGUUUCACCAUACAUCCAAAUGAUGUCAACAGGAAUGUAA